AUGACACGCACUACAAUCCCCCGUAACGUCGGUACCGACAUGACCCGCAUUCCAGGCCCCAAUCUGCCACCGCCGUAUACCUGGACAGGCGCACGAGCUGGGCAGCUAAGAGCCAAUCCCUCCGACUUCACAACCACAUCAACCAUUCUAAUUGGUUCCAAGCACACGCCUUUCCACGUUCAUACUACCCUGCUCACAUCUCAAUCGUCCUACUUCCGCGCCGCCCUUACAGGCCCCUUCCUUGAAAGCACGUCCAACACCAUCGAGCUCGACGAUGUUGAUGUUGCGCAUUUUCAACUCCUCGUUUCCUGGCUGUACACCUCUACCAUUCCAGCACCAUUCAAAGAUGGAAAACCCGCCUACUACUCGUUACUGCAUGUAUAUGCACUGGCGGACAGACUAGGGCUUGAAGGCGCGAGGAACGCGGUGGUGGAUUGCGUGAGCGAGUUAGCGGAUAGGACGAACAGUGUACUCACCCCCUCCGAUACUCGCAUCCUCUACGAGCAAAUCCGCGAUUCUGCACCUUUACGCUCACUCGUGCUCGACUUGUUCUCCUUCAAGAAAACAGACAGAUUGCUGGAAAGCCAUAGCGACUGGUGGCACGCCGCCUUCCUCCUCGACCUAAGCGUGCAACUCAAACGCCCUUGCCCCCAGGCUCUUUCCCGCCACAGGCUACGUAUGUGGUGCCCUGAAUCCUGGCACGCCACACGCGCAUGCGAUAACUGCCGCAACGUCCUCCCUCCAUGGUACGGCGCAGUGGCGUGCGAGGACUGCUGUCAAGCCUUUUGCACUCGGUGUGUGGAGAGUGGAGUGGGUAUGGCGGGCUGGGAUGAUGGGAGAGCGAAAUGGGAAGUUGCAGAAGACCCAUUGGAUACGUCAGUCGGAGCGUCUAGUGACAGGGCCAAGUUGCGAAAGUGGGAGGCUUGUAAGCCGUGGAGGGGGGCGAGGUGUGCAUUGUAUCAUGAGCAUGAAGAAACAGAUAGGUGUGGAGAUGUGUUUUUAGGACGGUGGUAG